AUGGCAGAAGAUCUGGAACUGGGCUUCGGGGAAACAGCCAGCGUGGAAAUGCUCCCCCAGGACGGCAGCGGCGGGCCCAAGGCCAGAGCCAGGCUGGUAGCCAGGAGGGAUGGCGCGUGCUGUGCCUUUACCGGCUGCCUGCUCGCCUUCCCCAUCCUAGCAGGACUUACCGCCUACCUGCUGGUCAGCCAGCUCCAAACCCCAGGAGAAGACUGCACACCUGUCCAGAUUCCAAAAGAACAGGAGUUUGGAACCUCACAUCAGCCAUUUUAUGCACCUCUCCAAGCUGAUAGAGAGAAGCCCAGGGCACACCUGACAGUUGUGAGACAGACUCCCUCACCACACCUGAAAAACCAGUUCCCAGCUCUGCACUGGGAACAUGAACUGGGCUUGGCCUUCACCAAGAACAAGAUGAAGUACACCAACAAAUUCCUGGUGAUCCCAGAGUCGGGAGACUACUUUGUUUACUCCCAGAUCACGUUCCGUGGGACCAAGUCUGAGUGUGGCAGCAUCAGCCAGGGGAGACAACAGAUCAAGCCGGACUCCAUCAUCGUGGUCAUCACCAAGGUAACGGACAGCUACCCGGAGCCCGCCCAGCUCCUAACAGGGACCAAGUCUGUGUGUGAAAUUAGCAACAACUGGUUCCAGCCCCUCUACCUCGGGGCCAUGUUCUCCUUGAGAGAAGGGGACAAGCUGAUGGUGAAUGUCAGUGACAUCUCCUUGGUGGAUUACACAAAAGAAGAUAAGACCUUCUUUGGGGCCUUCUUGCUAUAG